AGGUGAAACAAAGUUUUUUUUUUUUUUUUUUUUUUUUUUUUUUUGCUUUCAGAAAAAACAACUUAUCAUGACCACCUUGUAGAGAUUUGUUGAGUUAAAGCAGAUUUAGAAAUUCAGAAAUAAACUAAAAUAAAAGAUGCAUGCAAUCAAGAAAGAACAGCCAUCUAUAGACUCUUGUAAUGGAAACAAUGUAAUGGUACUGGCUGCACAGGACUCAAAUUCAGAUUUAGAGGCUCAUGAACUGUCUAACGGGCCCUUUAAACAGAAAAACUCAAGCUGCCGUAGAAAACGAGAGUUUAUUCCUGAUGAAAAGAAGGAUCAACAGUACUGGGAAAAAAGACGCAAAAACAACGAGGCUGCCAAACGGUCACGGGAAAAACGCAGAUUGAAUGACAUGGUCUUGGAGACUAAACUGAUGGCGUUGGGUGAGGAGAAUGCUACCUUAAAAGCCGAGCUGCUGUCUUUAAAACUCAAGUUUGGUUUGGUAAGUUCAGCUGCAUAUGCCCAAGAGGUGCAAAAGCUCUCAAACUCCACAGCUGCGUUUUAUCAGGAUUUAGCAUCAUCCAGUGCUAGCAGAAGUUCAUAUUCAGUCGAACCUGAGCCUGCUUUGCUGAGUAGCAGCUGUAUUUCUGUCAUUAAGCACUCUCCGCACAGUUCCCUGUCCGAUGUGUCUGAAACGUCUUUGAUUAUCCAGGGCAGCCCUCUUCGAACUACUUGCAGGACCCCGGAAAUCAUCAAACAAGAACCUAUGGAAACCGUCACUUACCCACGAGAGAUCCGAGAUGAGAACAUCCCCUAUGAUAUGUACAGGAGCUACUUGGGGAACACAUUCACGGAAAGUUACUCUCAGCCUUCUCCAAUUUUGGAAAUAACAAGGUCAUCAAGUAACUCUCCGCAAAACUCGGAGGCAGAUGAAGGUACUGUGGGAAAAACCUCUGAUGGAGAAGAUGAGCAGCAGGUUCCCAAAGGUCCUAUUCCUUCUCCAGUGGAACCACAGAUUAUAACCACCACUGUUGUCAAAGUACCAGACACAAGCUCCUCUGCCCUGCCUCACAAGCUGAGAAUCAAAACAAAAGCCAUCCAGAUUAAAGUCGAGUCCGUAGAUCCCGACUUUGACUCCUCAAGGAAACUGCUGUCACCAAUUGAUAUGUCUGCCAAAAAAUGUUAUCAGCUGGAGAAACACACAGCUUCAAAUCUGAUACAGUCUUCUCUAAGCCCUUUAUCUGUUCAAGUGAUUAAUAUCCAGGACUGGUCUCAACAGCCAGAUCACUGGCAUAACAAAGACCCCCCCCUAAUGGUUCAAACUAACUGUAAAAACAGACUUGGCCCAUGCUCACCUGGGAUGAUAGCAAAUAAAACAGUUAUUAACCUAAAGGACAAUUCCUACAAUGACACAGAGUCAGAGAACUUGUAUCUAAAACAGGGUAUUGCCGACUUAUCGGCAGAAGUUGCUUCUCUGAAAAGACUCAUAACAAAGCAGCAAAUACCUGAUUUUGAGUCUGGCACAAGCAAGACUGAUCACGGCUCAUUGUCUAAAGGAUGUUAUAUAAAAUAAGUUGUUUGUGUUUGCACAAUUCUCCGUUUGACCUAGAGCUUUGUUUGUGAUGUCACUGUAGUGUUAAUGUAGUGUCUAAAUUAUACAUUUUGGUGUCUUUUGUGCACAGAUUGUUGUAGUCAAUGAAUGUGUCAUAAUUACUCCAUCUGUACAGUUUAUAAUAGUCUGAUGUCAGGCUAAAUGUAAAUUAAAUGUUAACAUUUUCUCCAUUAAGUUUUAUUGUCAAUUGUGAGUUUUUUCAUUUACAAUAAAUUUAAGUAGACAAGCA